CUUGAGCGUCCACUUAUAUAUAGUCACUUCCGUUCACAUCCUUAACACCAAAUGCUCUCUCCUGUUCUUAUUUACUCAAUGGUGGUUACAAAUUGUGGUUACAGGUUACAGAUCAUCUCGUAUGACAAUACGAAACAGUAACAGUACCACUAUUUCGAUUAUCGGGAGGUUAACUUGUCGUCUGCGUGACAAGCACUUUUAGUGUUUGCUGAUUACAUCGAGACGGCGAAUACAAAAACGAAUCGCAGAAAUGGAGUGUUUAAUUGGUAUUCAAUGCAAAGAUUUCGUGCUGAUUGCAGCGGAUAUGACAACCGCACAAUCCAUUAUAGUUAUGAAAAGCGAUGAACACAAGAUUCACAAGAUCUCUGACAAGCUUGUUAUGGCAAUAUCUGGAGAAUCAGGUGACACGACACAAUUUUCAGAGUAUAUUGGAAAAAAUAUUCAAUUAUAUAAGAUGCGAAAUGGUUAUGAACUGUCUCCCAAGGCUGCUGCUUGCUUUACAAGGAGAAAUCUGGCCGAUUAUCUUAGAAGUAGAACCCCAUAUUUUGUCAAUAUGCUGCUGGCUGGAUAUGACGAUGAUACAGGACCAGAAUUAUAUUUCAUCGAUUAUUUAGCAUCCUGUGUAAAAGUUCCUUAUGCAACUCAUGGAUAUGGUGGCAUGUUUUCCAUGUCUGUCUUAGACAGAUAUUACAAAUAUGAUUCUACCGAAGAAGAGGCAUAUAUAUUAUUGAAGAAAUGUAUUCGAGAAAUUCAGAAACGAUUGAUCGUUAAUUUACCAAAUUUCAAAGUUCAAAAAAUAUUCAAGGAUGGAAUUAAAGAUAUGCAGCCAAUUACAGCUGAAAAUUUGGCUGUGGAAAGUGUCGCCAAAUUAUUAAAUUGAAUUAGAGUAUUCUAAUUUUGUCGAUAUCUAUAGAUACAUACACAUAUAUGGUGUAAUUGUACCAUACGAAGAGAAAUAUAUAUAAUUGUGAAUCAUACAAUAUCUUACUACAUAAAAAUAUAAAGUUGAAAGCAA